AUGGAGGAGCAGGAAGAAGAAGAGGUACAAGAGCACUUUGACCUCCCACCCAUGAACAUGACAGAGUACAAGCAGAAGCGCGACUCUUGUCGGCAAAAGAUUGCCUCCAAAUACGAUAUCCUGGGGUUUAUCAGUUCUGGAACGUAUGGUCGAGUUUACAAAGCGAAGUCCAAGAUCAAGGAUGACAACAAGGAGUAUGCGAUCAAAAAGUUUAAGCCAGACAAGGAAGGCGAGGCGGCGACAUAUAUUGGAAUCUCACAGUCUGCCUGUCGAGAGAUCGCGCUUUGUCGCGAACUUCAUCACGAGAAUAUCGUUGGGCUUGAGGAGGUUCUUUUGGAGGACAAGUCUAUCCACAUGGUCUUUGAAUACGCCGAGCACGAUCUCCUCCAAAUCAUUGGAUUUCACAGCCAUCCUGAGAGGAAGUUCAUGUCGGAAUACACGGUAAAGUCGUUCUUGUGGCAGCUUUUAAACGGAGUAGCGUACCUCCAUGCCAACUGGGUGAUGCAUCGUGACUUGAAGCCUGCAAACAUCCUUGUCACCGCCAAUGGAGUCGUCAAAGUUGGUGAUCUGGGAUUGGCGCGAUUGUUUUACAAGCCGUUGCAGCCUCUGUUCAAUGGAGACAAGGUAGUAGUGACCAUUUGGUACAGAGCACCGGAGCUACUGCUAGGAUCGAGGCAUUACACCAAGGCGAUUGACAUUUGGGCGAUCGGAUGUAUUUUUGCAGAGCUAAUUACUCUUCGGCCGAUCUUCAAGGGUGAAGAAGCCAAGGUGGAGAACAAGAAGACCGUGCCAUUCCAAAAGAACCAACUACAAAAGAUCUUUGACAUUCUCGGCAACCCCACAAAGGAACGAUGGCCAACCAUUGACCAACAACCGGAAUACCCAAACUUGGCCUCCUUCCGACAAACACCCAAUGUCUUGCGAUCACUCUACCAACAAUGGCCGAUCAAGAGCGAGCAAGGAUGUAAUCUGUUAGCGGCCAUGCUCGAGUACGACCCUCUAAAGCGGAUCACAGCCGAGGAAGCCUUGAACCAUCCAUACUUUCAAGAAGAUCCCAAGCCAGGACUCGACUCAUUUGCCGGUCAGCCUGUCGAGUUCCCGUUGAGACGAAUCACGAACGAGGAUAAGGAUAUGAGGGCAACGGCCAAUGUUCAAAAGACACACCCUGUGCCGGCUGUGAAGGACGAUCGACUCACCAAGCGACCUCGCGUUGAUGCAUGA